UAAAAUGACCUCUAUCCUGCCUAGGUGGAUGUGUUUGUUGUUGGAGCAGUAGUACAGUAAACAGCAGAAAUGUAACGGAAACCAAACACUUGACCCCACACUAACCUCAAUAUAAACAAGUGAAGAUUAAAAGCCAAGUCGUGUCAGGCUAAUAUUAACCACCAUCUAGAAUAACCAUGGUGAGUCGAUUGAAACUUCAGUACUGCAAGAUAAUCCUGGCCACGUCCCUUGUCUGGUUCCUGCUUGAUGUUGUCCUGCUCAUGUACUUCACAGACUGUGCCACGCACGCGUCCGUUGACUGUCAGAACACAAAUAACAAUGAGAAACCAGUUAAAAAGUCUGAGGAGUCGUUGUUGCAGAGGAUUUUACCAAAAGAGCCUGUCGCCCCGGACGAACCAGCAGGCAUUCCACCCACCCGCAUCAAAUACAUAACACCGACAAAAAUGCCCAAACCAAAAGAGCCCCCAAAGCCACAUAAACUGCCUGAUUUUAUUCCAGGUCUGAUGGGCCGGCCAAGUAUGCCUGGUGACAUGGGAAAGCCUGUCAGUAUCCCAGCAGACAGACUGGAGGAAUCCAAGGACAAGUUCAAGAUCCAUCAGUUCAACCUUGUGGCUAGUGAUAUCAUGUCCCUCAAUAGAACCCUGCCAGAUUACAGGAUCCCUGGGUGUCGAAAUAAGAAGUACCCUCCAGUUUCCAAGCUGCCAGACACGAGUGUAGUGAUCGUAUUCCAUAAUGAGGCCUGGUCUACACUGCUACGUACCAUCCACAGUGUGAUCAACCGCUCUCCAUCCGAGCUACUGAAGGAGAUAAUUCUGGUUGAUGAUGCCAGUGAACACGAGGAGCUGGGAGAGAAGUUGGACGCCUACCUCGCUACGCUGCCGGUCCACUGUUACGUGCUGCGUACAGAGGAGCGCACAUGGCUCAUACGAGCACGACUCAAAGGUGCUGCCAAGGCAAAGGGCAAGGUCAUCACAUUCCUGGAUGCUCACUGUGAGGCCACGGAGGGCUGGCUGGAACCUCUCAUUGCAGAGAUCUACCAUGACAGGACCUCAGUGGCGUGUCCCAUUAUAGACGUGAUCAGUGAUGACACGUUUGAGUACAUCACGGGGUCAGACAUGACGUGGGGUGGGUUCAACUGGAAACUGAACUUCCGCUGGUACCCUGUUCCACAGCGAGAGCUGGACAGACGUGCUGGGGACCGCUCACAGCCUGUGAGGACACCCACCAUGGCCGGGGGUCUAUUCUCCAUAGACCGAGACUACUUUUACGAAGUGGGAUCGUAUGACGAGGGCAUGGACAUCUGGGGAGCAGAGAAUCUGGAGAUGUCAUUCAGAGUGUGGAUGUGCGGUGGUAAGGUGCUGAUUGUCACCUGCUCCAGGGUGGGUCAUGUGUUCAGGAAGACUUCGCCGUACUCUUGGCCAGGGGGCGUGGCCAAGAUCAUCAAUCACAACACACAGAGGAUCGUGGAGGUGUGGAUGGACGAGUACAAGGACUUCUUCUAUAAGAUCAACCCUGGUGUGAAGAACACAGAGUAUGGCGAUGUGUCGGCACGGAAGGAGUUCAGAGAGAACAAGCAGUGCAAGAGUUUUAAGAGGUACCUGGAGAACAUCUACCCUGAAUCACAGAUGCCUGUCGAGUACCAUGCACUGGGGGAGAUCAAGAACAAGCAGACAGGGGGUUGUGUUGACAGUAUGGGACGUAAGUCGGGAGAGAAAGUUGGCCUGGUCCACUGUCACGGCAUGGGGGGAAAUCAGCAAAAUCCCAACCAGGUGUUUGCCUUUACGGGUAAGGGUCAACUAAUGAUGGAUGAUAACGUAUGUAUCACGUCAGCGCGGGGCGUCAUAAAGUUCCAGACGUGCGAGGCAGAUGGCCCCAAGUGGGACUAUAACAAAGAGACACAUGAGUUACGGCAUGUGAACAGUAAUCAGUGUCUAGGAAAGGCGAGCGAUGCCGACAAAGAGGCGCCCUCUAUAGGCCCAUGUGAUGGUUCAGAGGGACAGAAGUGGACAUUUUCUGACAUGAAAAUGUGACAUACUUGAGUGAUAGGACUAUUCAAUCAAACCAAAUCAUGGGUUUACUGGUUCAACUCAAGUACGAAACCUUACAUAAAAGCUCAAGUGUGAUAAAACAAAUCGUAGGUAUUACAAUUUAAAUGUUCGAUGCUGUCUAACAUGAAAACAAAGUGUAACAGAACUAGAGAAAAUAAACUAAUUACGUGUGGAAUGAUAUCAUUGGCGGUAAAUGUAUUUCUUACUAAACUACAUAUUGCGAUAAAACUGGUGCAGUACAAACGUUAGUCGUGGGUAUUAGGAUUUGAAUUUGAAAAACAAAACAUUCUUACAUGAAAGCAAAGUGUGAUAUACAACAGGUGUAGAAUGUUGACAGUUCCUGGUACAUGUAGUUCUACUGCUGUAACGGUUGGAUGUUGUUGAGAUUGGAUCGCUAUGGUGCUGUGUGUAGCUGUGUACUGUGGCUGUAUGAAUCUAGUCUGCGACUGGGAUUGGGAUCACCAAAAGGGAUCCAAACAUGGGAUCACCAAAGGAAUCCAAUAAUGGGAUCACAAAAGGGAUAGAAAAAAAUGAGAUCAUCAAAUGGAUCCAAUAAUGGGAUCACCAAAGGGUUCCAAGUAUGGGAUCUUCAUCCCUUGAUUCAUGCGUUUAAGUGUGAAACUUGUUGAUUGUGUACAGCAAGAAGGGGCCUUCCCUCGCUUUAAUAUACCAUUUAAAGCAUUUAAAUGAAUUUUAAGGUGCAGCCAUGAUUGUUAGAAGUACAGGCAUUGUUGUCAGUUUACAAGUAAUUGUUGUCAGUUGUCAAUAAAGCCUACAAGCUUUAUGACCCUUUAGUAAAAAUUUAAUCAGAAAACAAUGUUAUAUUUUGUUCUUACAUUGUCCCAAGUGAUAAAAUUAAGAUUUGUUUUAGUUUUUUCCUUGACAAGCCACUUCUUUGUUUGUUUGACAGCUCUGUUUGAAUGGUAUUGCCAUUUUUAUAAUAGAUAUUUAUACGGCAUUAUUUGUUUGUCCACUAAUUAGAUAAAUGUACAGCUGUAUUUAACUGUAUUGUUCUCUUAAGAUUUUGUGAGUCAUUUGUUGUUGUAUUUUUUUACAUUUGAUACCUGCUUAAACGGUUUUCUGCUUGUGAAUAGUUGAAAGUCUAUAGUGAUUCAAUUUGAAGAUUUUUUAUACCCUUUUCCACUUAGAUACGUAUUUUGACACACUUGUAGUCACUCAGAGAGUUAAAUUUAAUUAAAGACCUUUCUUGUUAGAUUCAAAUGUUAAAGGCUUCAUCUCCAACCCUGAUUUACAGCAAACAGCAUACAACCUGAACAGACUGCGAGUUACUCGCAGGCUGUUCUGGUUUUAUGCUGGUUGCAAAAGCCAUUGUCACUUUGCUUCUGAGUGGGAAAGUGUUAAUGAUGUUUGUGGGUUCAUUUAUGCUUGUAAGAGUGUCCGUGUCUGGCAUUGUCUAGUGUAAUCUAAGCUACUUAGUUGAGGGUAGUUGCAAGGGAGGCUACUGUGUCAACAAAUCGAUUAAAUUGAGCAUGGCUCUGGGAAAACCGGGCUUAAUGCAUGGUGCGGUAAGAGUCGUCACAGGACUGCACAGGCUUAAUGCAUGGUGCGAUAAGUGUCCUUCCAGGACUGCACAGACUUAAUGCGUGGUGCGAUAAGUGUCGUCCCAGGACUGCACAGGCUUAAUGCAUUGUGCCAUAAGUGUCGUCACAGGACUGCACAGGCUUAAUGCAUGGUGCAAUAAGUGUCCUUCCAGGACUGCACAGGCUUAAUGCAUGGUGCGAUAAGUGUCGUCACAGGACUGCACAGGCUUAAUGCAUGGUGCGAUAAGUGUCCUUCCAGGACUGCACAGACUUAAUGCAUGGUGUGAUAAGUGUCGUCCAAGGACUACACAGGCUUAAUGCAUGGUGCGAUAAGUGUCGUCCAAGGACUGCACAGGCUUAAUGCAUGGUGCGAUAAGUGUCGUCCAAGGACUGCACAGGCUUAAUGCAUGGUGCGAUAAGUGUCGUCCAAGGACUGCACAGGCUUAAUGCAUUGUGCGAUAAGUGUCGUCCAAGGACUGCACAGGCUUAUCAGGAAAGGCACUUUCUUCAGAGACUGGAAUUUAGUUUAAAUAAAAAAUUCCAUAAAAGCGGACAUCCCUGGUAAGCCUGUUCAAACUGCACAGGCCAAUUUUGGCCGACAUUUAAUGCACUUGCAUUUAACCCCAUUAUUCCUUGAGCACUGCUCAAUUAUAAAGCUGGAUCUUGAAUUUAAGCCCUUAUUAAGGAGUUCAUUUGUUGCCUAAUUAUUGUUUUCUUUUAUCUUGUCAUCAUACCAAGUGGCCACAGGUGUUUGGCUCAUGGCAGAGUCACUAAGACACAAUCAAUAUGUCAUGAAACAAUUUUCAUCGCCAUGACCAACAAAAAAAAUCUGAUAUAUUAUAUAUGUUCUUGUAUACAUUAUUUUAUUUUUUUACGUCAAAGUGAUUGAUAGUGGUUAAGUGACUUGGCCACGCGCAAAACACCUGUGCGAGCUAGUGACUUGUCAAUAUUGUUCAUGAACAUUCCAUUUAUUGCUUUAGCUUGUACAUAUUAACAUGAAUCUUACAUAAAUUAUUUCCUGAAGGGCAGUACGUUUAUUCUGUAAUAUCUUUUAAUUUGUUAAGGGUUAGAGUUAGGGUUAGGGACCUAACUCUGAAUAUUACAUAAAUUAUUUCCUGAAGGGUAGUACGUUUAUUCUGUAAUAUCUGUGAAUUUUUUAAGGAAGUAUCAUAGCAAAAUCCUGUCUUGGGGAAAGUUUCUUGCGGACAGCACAAGCUAGUCUGGGACGACGCUUUACACACACAUUAUUACGCCUUUACUGACAGAGCAAGGCUUGUUUUUAUACCUUAACGGUUGAUUACAUUUUAAUGUUUCUGCUAUUUACAAAUCAAGCUAGUAACAUUUAUAUAGAAUAAAGUACGUUUGGCUUUGUUGUGAUAUCUCAUUAUGUCCGUAAACUCAACAUAUUGCCUACAAUAAAAUUUUAAUGGAGCAUUUUAAGGACUUGAAACACACGUAGAUGUUUUUGUCUUUUCACAAUUAUUUUUUUAUGAGUGAUAACAGUACAUAUUAUCAAAUGCUAAACCUUGCCGCUAUUCAGUAUUUUUUACAUAAAAAAACUAUUCUAGCAGUGUGUUACAUAAUGCUUAUAUUUAACCAUAUAUUUUUUAUGCCCCCCUUUGAAAAAGAGGGGGUAUAUUGCUUUGCUCAUGUCGGUUGGUCUGUCGGUCCGUCCACCAGGUGGUUGUCAGACGAUAACUCAAGAACGCAUGGGCCUAGGAUCAUGAAACUUCAUAGGUAUAUUGAUCAUGACUCGCAGAUGACCCCUAUUGAUUUUGAGGUCACUAGGUCAAAGGUCAAGGUCACGGUGACCCGAAAUAGUAAAAUGGUUUUCGGAUGAUAACUCAAGAACGCAUACGCCUAGGAUCAUAAAACUUCAUAGGUAGAUUGAUCAUGACUUGCAGAUGACCCCUAUUGAUUUUGAGGUCACAAGGUCAAAGGUCAAGGUCACGUUGACCCGAAAUAGUAAAAUGAUUUUUGGAUGAUAACUCAAGAACGCUUUUGCCUAGGAUCAUGACACUUCAUAGGUACAUUGAUUGUGACCCGCAGAUGACCCCUAUUGAUUUUCAGGUCACUAGGUCAAAGGUCAAGGUCACAGUGACAAAAAUCGUAUUCACACAAUGGUUGCCACUACAACGGACAGCCCAUAUAGGGGGCAUGCAUGUUUUACAAACAGCCCUUGUCUCUAGGUUAUUGCUUGGUGUGCUAUUUUAAAUUAAUUGGUAAAUCAGAUAUUUAUCAAUUUACCUCUUAUUUUAAUUAGGUAAAUAAGUCAACUUUCCUGUUUCAAUUUUUUUGUAUAACGCCCACUAUCUUCAUUCGGUAAAAUAUUUGCGAUAACUUACUUUAAUAAUCAAUUGCAUAAAUUAUUUUCCAACAAGUGUUUGGUAUCUAUUUUAGUUGUUAUGAGGAAAACUUUACUGCUGUAACUUACUUUCUUAUAUGAAUUGCAUAACUUGCCAUCUACAAGUGUUUUGUAUCUAUUGCUUUUUAUGUGAGAAUCUUUACGAGUGAGCAACCAAACAGUUUUACUUAAAAUAUAAAAUAACCACAGCUAGUGUUCUUUCCUUAUCAGUGUGAUUGUUAUUAUUUGUGUUUGUUUUAAUGUAUGAUUUUAUGAAUGAAACAAAAGAGAGGGAUACGUUUGAAUUGUUUGUUUAUUUGAGCCUGGCUCUGGGAAAAACUUGGCUUUAUGCAUGUGGCUUAAGUGUAGUGCCAGAUUAUCUUGCGCAGUCUCAACAGGCCAAACAGGGGCGAUACUUUCGGCCUUAAUUUCGAUACACUUGAAGUGGAAAGUGUCAUCCCUGACCAGCCUGUGUGGACUGCAC